ACCUCACAAGUAGUCAUGGAGUCAUCACACAAGAGUUGUACCAGGAACCCCCUGCUCCAAAGGUUUGAGAGAAAGAUUUUGAGAGGAGUGAAGGAUCUUGAUUUUGAGAUAUGAAAUAUUGUGCAUUUUAGGGUUUAUUUGGAAGGAUUGGGGCUGGAUAUAGCUCAUUCUGAUUCGAGUACUGAUUCUGAGGAUGAUGGUUAUCAGGAGUUUCAGUUUUUCUUGGAUGAUAAAAUUGAAAGGGGAUUUAUGAAAAUUAUCACGCCAUUUCCGUUCCCUGAUGUGAGCAAGUUUACUUGUUAUAAUAUAUGAUGGAAGAAUAGAUAUAUUUUGAAUUUUUUGAAAUCAGGAUUUCCUGCGAAGGUCAACGAUUUUAAUAUUAAUAUUAAACAGAGAGGUAUGAUUAAAGAUUCUUCCUAUUUUGAUUCAAUUAUCAGAAUCAGCCACAGAGUAUGCCAGAAGAUUAGUAUAUGCAGAUUUCCGAUUAGCCAGCGUCAGUUUCUAAGAUUGCUGGCAUCUUAUCGUCAUGUUGAGGAAUUUGCACUGAUAUUAUGCAAAAUUUCAAUGCCAACAAUCCCUGAUUUCUCCAAAGCUCUCAGAAAUACGAAUAUUUGUAAGUUAAAUCUACAACGUUCAACAGCAAAGGAUGGAACUGACUGGGGCAAUAGUAUUGAAGAGUUCCUAAAUUUAAUUCAAGGACUCUCCACUUCUUCCCAUUUAUUAAUGGUAUUACAACAACUGGAUAUCCAAGGAUGUGGGAUUGACAUAGACAAAGCCCAGCAGAUUCUUACUGCUUUUAGGUUUGACAAAGUCACUCUUAAAGUUAACUAGACCCAAAACCUUAGUCAUACUUGUUCUGUCCUGAAGCGAGCAGUAGCCCUGUUAAAAUGUAGAAUUGGUUUUAUAAAAUUCCAUGAGUGCCAUUUCAA